UCCCAAACCCCCACCUCACUUUACCCCCUUUCCUCUCCUCCAACCUUCAUAAGAGAAAAUUAAGUUACUACCAAAAUGUCCUUCCACAACAGCUGCCAAAACAUCCACCUCAUUCACGAACCCGGUGCUACUUUCCUGCACGCCGAAGUGCGUCGCGCGAAUGGAGAGUACGUGGCUCGCAAGAUCCGUCUUGAUAGACAUAUUGGAAAUACGGAUGGCUGGUUCAUCUGGGGCGGCUCCAACUUCACCGAAACCGCCAAGGACAUUCAGCUCGAGAACACCGGCCGCGGUCCCAAGUUGACGGCGUACUUGAGGAAGCGGGAUGGCGGAUACAGAGAAUUGCAGGGCCUGUAUCUGGCGGAUAAGAUUGCUAAUGAGAAUGGAGAGUUGGUGUUCAAGGGACCUUAGAUAUAUUCGACCUACUUAUCUAUCAGGUAGAAUGAAGUACUAGAAGAGAUAACCAAUAGGAAAGGAUGGACGGAUGGGGUUGUUUGUAUGAUUGGAGAUAUUGCAUAGCGAAUGAUAAUCAUUUUUUAUUAUUAUUAUUUCUAUCAAUAUGCCAAAAGAUCAUUGAUAGGACCUACAGAACUGGUAGAAGAGAGGGAGAGAGAGAGAGAGACUACUUACUAGGUAAAUGUAAAUAUACCCAAAGAGGGGCAAGGCACUGUUUAUUUCCCC